CUGCGUUGCAUAGAAACAGAAAUUCUCCGGAGGAAGCUGUUGCUACAAAAACAUGAAGAUGGAAACUACAUCGUUUUGAAACCUAGCGUUUUGCCAACGAUGACGUUUUUCUACUUAUUUUGCUACUGACCGCUAAAGCAGGUUGCUAGAUAUAGCGUUAUAUCAGGGACAUAGCAAUAUCCCUGACUGUGUGUUAUGUUAGCUACCCUAACAAGUAGCCUGUGCACUGGCUAGGCUAACAUUACUGUAGAUAGCUAAACAACGUCGGGUUGAAAACAUGCCCGUUUCGACAGCUAGCUAAUAAGUUAACUUAGACAUGACUACGAAUGGGUUUGGAUCAUAUUUUAAGUGAAUGCAUGCAAAUAUGUGUAGCUAUAUCUAGUUAGUUAGCUAACGUUAAGCGGUUACUUGCUGUUAAUCACAGACUAAGUGAAUUCCUUUGGCUAGUUAACUUCUAGCCACGUACUUUACUGUAGCUAGCUAACGUUUGUUUACGUUCUCUAACUAGCUAAGCUGCUGUGAGACGCAGCUCAUUUCCCCUUUCUAAAGGUAGAAUGUCAGGCGACGCCAGUGGCAUUCCUGAACUGGACCAAGAUAAAUAUGAUGACGAUGAAGAAGUCAAGAUAAUCUGCCUUGGCGACAGUGCAGUGGGAAAAUCCAAAUUGAUGGAGAGGUUUCUGAUAGACGGACAUCAUCCCCAGCAGCUGUCAACCUAUGCCCUGACGCUCUACAAAUACACUACCACCAUCGAUAGCAAGGCUGUAUUAGUAGACUUCUGGGAUACGGCCGAACAGGAGAGGUUCCAGAGCAUGCAUCCCUCGUACUACCAUAAGGCUCACGCCUGUAUCAUGGUGUUUGAUGUGCAGAGGAAGAUCACUUAUAAGAACCUGACCAGCUGGUAUACAGGGCUGAGAGAGUACAGGCCUGAGAUACCCUGUGUGGUGGUGGCUAAUAAGAUAGAUGCUGAUAUGAAGGUGACCCAGAGGAACUUUAACUUUGCCAAGAAGCAGGGACUUCCUUUGUACUUUGUAUCUGCUGCUGAUGGGACCAAUGUAGUCAAGAUGUUCAAAGAAUCAAUCAAAAUGGCAAUGUCUUACAAGCAGAACUCUAGUGACUUCAUGGAUGAAGUAAUGCAGGAGCUGGAGAACAUUUGAGCUGGAGCAGAAGAAGGAGGAGUCGUUAGAGAUGGCUGAGGGACUGAAACCAGAGAGCCCCGAGUCUGUCUGGCUGGAUGUAGAUUCUGAUUCUGACAUUACCCUCACAUUAUUUUUACAUUAUACUGGCAUUGUGUAUAUGAGAGCUGAUUCUGACUGCACCGCAGCUAUGGAUGCUGUGGAUAUGUUAUCCUAACUGUGUUGACAUGAUACCUCUUUACCAUGGGAGAGCUGUGCUCCAGAGUCUGUAACUGAUGUUGUGGAUAUGUUAUAUUCACAUUAUUCUCACAUUGUGGACAUGUUGUCCUUACAUCCUCAUGUUUGUAUUUUUUGUGUUAUUUUGUGCCAUGAAAGAGACAUGGAUUUAUGGAGCUGAUGCUGCACAACAUGUUAACCUAUGAGCCAUAUAAUAGUAGUGACCUGUGAGAGCAGGGGCAUUCUAUUGAUGUGAGAACAAACAUAUUGUAGGAUAGAUGUUGUGGCAGGCAUGGUGAACAUGUGCCAAAGUGUGUGACGCAGGCUGUUUGAGGUUAAUCUAGAAUGUGAUGCCUUGUAAAAUGUGGGACAUGCUCUAUACCUAUAAUCCCUAUUCUUGGUAUUUUAUGAUAGCAAAGUGAAACUGUGAAUGUGAACUCCGCAGCUUCGUCAUCAGCCUUCGCCCUCUUAUGCCUUUACCAUACGUGGCAUGUGUAUGGCGAUUUGUACAAUGUGAUAGUGAAGUACAUGUAUGUAAAGGCUGCUAUUGUUGCUCUAAGUGCUACAGUGUAAAGCCAGAGCAUUUUAUAGGUCAUGCCUUUAAUGUAUCUUAAACAAUGAAUGUACCUUGUAACCAUGUGAUGGCAUUAGCGACUGUGUGGUUUUACUCCUCAACACGUGUGACCUGGCUGCAUCAGUAAAAAGACUGCAUCAAUGUCACCAAUAAUUAAUUCCAGUGCAGUUACUGAUAUAGUUAUCAAUGUACAGGUUAGAUAUACACUGAGUGUAUAUCUCACCUCCCACCCCUUUUGCUCCCUUAACAGCCUCAAAUCAUCGGGGCAUGGACAGUACAAAGCGUCAAGCAUUACACAGAGAUGCUGGCCAAUGUUGACUCCAAUGCUUCCCACAGUUGUCAAGUUGGCUGGAUGUCCUUUUGAUUCACACGGGAAACUGUUGAGUGUGAAAAAAAACAGCAGCAUUGCAGUUCUUGACACAAACCAGGGUGCCUGGGACCUACUACCAUACCCUGUUCAAAGGCACUUAAUAUUUUGUCUUGCCCAUUCACCCUGUGAAUUGCGCACAUACACAAUCCAUGUCUCAAGGCGUAAAAAUCUUUUAACCUGUCUCCUCUCCUUCCCUUCAUCUACACUGAUUGAAGUGGAUUUAACAAGUGACAUCAAUAAGGGAUCAUACAGUAGCUUUCACCUGGUCCGUCUGUCAUAGAAAGAACAGGUGUUCUUAAUGUUUGUAUACUCUGUACAUUUUAGUCAACUGGAAGUGUUGCAGAAGAACUGAAGAUACCUCAGAACUACAACGAAUGACCACUUCAGAGGUUCUCAAUCUAAGUGUAUCAGACCUCUUCGGGAUUCAAUCCUUAUCCCUGAUGUAUUCCGAGCUGAAAUGUAAAAGUAAUUCCCGAAUGAGCUGACAUUUUGCAGCGUUUACAAUGAAGGCAGUCUCCGGGAAUGCAGGAAUAUUGCCUUUAAAUUGAGCUAUAAUGCAGAUACAGAUUUAAUUGAGCUCUUAAAAUUACGCUCCAGAGGUUUUGCAUAAUUCACUAGUUUGGAAAGUAGUGAUCACAAGGCAAAUGGGUCCCUGAAAAUAUUGAACAAUUGUGUACUACGUUAUGCAUUUUGUAUGAUAUAUUAUGUCCUGUAAUAAAUUUUUUUACAAAAUCCAA